GGGAAGCCGGGCGCGCCGCGAUGAGCCCGUGGCUCGGCCUCGUGGUGCUUCUCAGCAGCUGGAGCCUGCGGGAGCUGGGGGCGGACGCGUGCACUUGCUCCCCGAGCCACCCCCAGGACGCCUUCUGCAACUCGGACAUCGUGAUCCGUGCCAAGGUGGUGGGAAAGAAGCUGGUGAAGGAGGGACCCUUUGGGACGCUGAUAUACACCAUCAAGCAGAUGAAGAUGUACAGAGGCUUCAGCAAGAUGCCCCACGUGCAGUACAUCCACACAGAAGCUUCUGAGAGCCUUUGCGGGCUCAAGUUGGAAGUCAACAAAUACCAGUAUCUGCUGACAGGCCGGGUAUACGAUGGCAAGAUGUACACAGGCCUGUGUAACUUCGUGGAGAGGUGGGACAGGCUCACCCUGUCCCAGCGCAAGGGGCUCAAUUAUCGCUAUCACCUGGGCUGCAACUGCAAGAUCAAGUCAUGCUAUUACCUGCCCUGCUUCGUGACUUCCAAGAAUGAGUGUCUCUGGACGGACAUGCUCUCCAACUUUGGCUACCCUGGGUACCAGUCCAAGCACUACGCCUGCAUCCGGCAGAAGGGCGGCUACUGCAGCUGGUACAGGGGCUGGGCGCCCCCGGACAAAACGAUCAUCAAUGCCACAGAUCCCUGAGCUGCUGUCCCUCCCCUGCCCCCUUCCCUCCCUCUUUCGGCUGAGCUUCCCUCGGACGCUAACUCUUACCAGACGAUGACAAUGAAAUUAGUGCCUGUUUUCUCGCCAAUUUAGCACUUCGAACACUUAAAAGGAAAAGUCUAUGCCGUCAUACUGAGUUUAUUUUUAAUCACGUUUCCCUCCCCUCCCCCCUUCUUUUUGGCUUUGACAUCACCUGUUUCCACCUGGGGAAAUCUAUGAUGGCUUGCCAGAAAUGAACAAGGAGAGCAAACUUCUUUUAUCAGCGUCUAUAUAAUCUAUAUUUUUUUAGGAAAACAAAAAUCUAAAAACUAUCCCGGUUGGGCAUUGUAAUCCCCCUGUCCCUUCCCUAACUCCCUCCCUCUUUCUCCCCAGUGCACAAAUUAUAUACAGACAAGGCAUUUUCUGAAGGGAGGAAAGUGAUAGGAUGGGCCAAGACCAGCGAGGAGACAAAUCCCAAGGCAUGUGGGGAAUUUCAAACCAUGAGGAGAUGGUAUUGGAUCCCCUAACAGCCUCUUGGAACUCUUGUCUGCCUGUAUGAGCGAGAGCGUGCGUGCUGGAGAGCGUGAUCUGAGGGGGAGGUGAGCAUGCUUGUGUGCACCCCAGCCCUCCCCCACCCACAAGAUUUCCCCCCCAAACUAGGGGUGCUCUCCCUAGAAUGCACAGUUUCAUCGGUGCAGAGCCAGGAGGAAAUGUGCCUGCCUCUUACAGCAGUCCAGGGGAAAGGCUGAGACCCCCAAAAAGUGCUCCUAGAAAUUCUGUGGUCUCUGUUUGGCAGGGAGCUCAACAUGUACAUUUAAGAAAUACAUACACACAACUCUUAGCUAGAGUCCUUUAGAAUGUUGCUUAGAGAACACCAUUGCCAAAUUAGCUUUUAGUUCGAAGGGGGAGGGGGGGAAUGUAUUAGGUGCACAUAUACCUAUAGCCACACAGAGGUAUAAGCUAAGUUUUUACAGGACACAGAAUUACAUUCAAUGCUGUUGAAAUCCUCUUUCUCCCUGCCUUUUUUGUUUUGACAUUCCAAGUUGUUGGCUUUUGAUAUUAAAUUUUUCAACUCCUGAGAACUCCAGGGCAGGGGCCCAGAGCAUUUAGAACCUCUCCUCCCCCCUCCAAGGCUGGUGGCCUCAACAUGGCAGCUGGGGCAAGGAGAUGGGAGAGUUGGGGGUGGAGUGAGUGCAGAUAGGGGAGAGAAUGGAACCUGCCUGGCUCACCUAAUGGAGCGGCCACCCUCUCGUUGCUUCCAGCGAUGGCCGGAUUGUACAAUGUCUCCUUUCCCAGCUUCCCAUGGCUGGGCCCCAUGGCCUACAGUACUCUUCCUUGUCCCCACAGCAUAGCGAGUGGUGUUAGACGUUAGAGAGGUUGACUUUGCUGGUGACUGGAGGGCUUUUUGUUGUCUUUUGAUUUUUUUUUUAAAGAAAACUAUAAUAUAAAUUCUCUUAUUAAAUAAAAUUAUUUUAAGUUUUAAUGUUGAUAAAUAGGAGAUACUGAGAAAAUGGUUGAUGUGCAUUUUACAGAGUUUUGGGAAUGGUGACAUUUAACACAAGUAUUUCUUUCUUUUUUUUUUUUUUUAAGAUUAUAGUUAUUUAUCAAACCUUCAGUUCAUUCCACUUUAGGAAACAGAGCUGCUCUGCUUUUUGGUUUAGUUUUGUAUUUUAAAUCACCGACAUGAUACUUCUGCAUGUACAUAUACACACAUACCCAAACCCCUGAAAAAAGGCAUUUGAAACAACCCCAGUUUAUGAACGUCCUUAGUGCCAUUAUUCUGCCUACCAGUCUUUGACAUGGAGAGCAGAAACUUAGAAAGAAUCAAGGCAGACAAGGUAGUAACCAGACUGCUGGAGACAACGGCCAUGCCCAUGAAUGACGAAGGCUAGCUGACCAGGGUUCUUGUUACUUCCAACUAGAGUAUUUAGCCUUUUUGUAGCCCUCCCCACCGGGCUGGCCAAUUGGGUAUCCUGAACUCCAGUUUUUUUGAGGCAUGAGUAAGACCUUCUUUAGAAGGUAGCCAAUUAUGUUGGCCUCUGGCCAUCUUGGAGGAUCCUCAGAAUCCCUCUCAUGGUAAUGGAGUGGCUCAAACUAAGACCUCAAAAAAAAAAAAAAAAAGGCAAAUGCUGGAUGGCCUCCAGGGAAGACAGAUGUGAUGGUAGGGAGGAAUCCACCUCUCUCUCUACCAGCUCCAGACCAGGGCAGAGACAAUGGGGUCUUGACAAAAAAAAAAAGAAAAAGAAAAAAGUCUCUUGUGUGAUGUCCAAGGGUGAUUACUGAGCUUGCUAUAAGCUACAGCUUUGUUGACUACACCUAUUCACUUAAUGUUUAAUUCAAGGUCAUUUAUGUAGCUGAGACAUCUCAGUACUUCAAAUUAUUGUUAAUUUUUUUUGUUUUGUUUUGCUAAGUUCUGUGUUGUAUGUAGGUUGUAAUAUCUGCACAAUUUUUUUCAAAGCAAAACUAGACUCCUUCCCUUUCUCCCCAUAUGCCACCAAAUUUUAUUAAUAUUUUGAAAGGUAAAACGUCUGAUGUGUAGACAGCCAGACUGGCAAAAUGUGGAUGAUCAGAGAGCAAAUAACUCUUUGCUUCCAUUGGGAGAAGUGACAUUUGACUUGGGCAUGCCCUUGGGUGGCAAGAAUUUUCCUGGUGGAAGAGAGAGCAAGGCAGGCCAAAAAAAGAGUUGUAUGACUGGUGAAAACAUGGGAGUAGGACUUGUCCUAUGGAUGUAAAAAUAAAUCUUCAGAAGGAGGAUGAGGAUGGCUCUGGGUUGAGCUUUGUUCCUCUGACAAGUCAAGUCUGGCAUCAAGAGUUUGUUGGCUAUCUCAGCCUUCUCUUUCACUCCCAACCUACCCAUUAGCAAUACCCAUACACCCAGGGUCCUGACAGACCAGGAAUUUGACUUCAGAUGCAGUCAUCCUACCUGGCCAGGUGAUGCCUUUUCCCCUCAUCCCUAACACCAAAUCACGAUCACGGUGGCACUGGAGAUAUCGGUUCAAGAUCCCCAUGAGCUCAUCUUGUUCACUUUCCAUGAUUCUUGGGAAAGGACAAAUUGGAUCAGGGGAGGGAAGCUAGAAGCCAACAGCUAAUUGGAAACAUACUUCCCAACAGACACAAGAGUCUUGCCUCUUUGGAAUGAUUUGUCUUCUGAUUGUAACAUGGCAGUGGUGGCUCAAAUCUGUCAUCUCUUACCACCCCUACAUUCUGUCCACCUCAUGCAUGGAUACCAUCAGCACUGGCAGUGGGGGUGGGAAGGUGGAGUCAGUUACCAUAGGGUAGUGCCUAAGAGUUUCACUGCUGGCUACUUCUUUAAAAAAGACAGGUCAUGGAGUAGCUGAAAGGGAACAGGAAGUCAAAGUACGCAUGGCUUUGGCCAAAAGAAAGAGUGAUGGGGGAGUUGAGCAGACAGAGAAUUUAGAGCUGGAUGGAAUCUUGAAGGUCAUCUUGUUCAAUCCUCUCUCCUUUUAUAGAUGGGGAAACUGAGGUCCGGGAAAGUCGAGUGACUUCCCCAAGGUUACACAGGUAAUAAAUGACAAAGCAGGGAUUUGAAUCCAGGCCCUCUGAUGCCAAAUCCAGCCCUAUUUCUGCUAUACAGACACCAACAGCUUCUAAAUUAGGUCCCCUUCUUCCCCCUUGGUCAAGAGAAAGAACAUGAGAUGGAGGGAGCAUAUUCUCUGGCACUGAUCAAGCCCUCAGAGAAUGAACUGAAUGAGCUGGUGGCUGGUGGCACCCAUAGGCAUCUAAACUGUCUCCAACCCUUCUGUGUAGCCAGUCUGCCGUCCUCGUGUUAUGGGAGGGAAAACCACCAGGAGAAAACCUUGUCUGGAAGGAAUGUAUUUGUCGCUAAAUUUUGUAGCACUGUUUACAGUUUUCCUCCAUGUUAUUUAUGAAUUUUAUAUUCCGUGAAUGUAUAUUGUCUUGUAAGGUCAUGUGGCAUAAUGUUCACUUUUUAUAGUGUGUCCUUUAUUCUAAAUAGUAAAGUGGUUUUAUCUCUAUCACAAACA